UACAACACCACCAGGCAUCAUGGCGGAACUGGGGAUGUCAACAGGCGAACUCGUAAACAACGCGAAACCUGCUCGGGCUGCGCAAUACAUCGCUGCUCUAUCAGCAACGAUGGGAGCCCUCUGCUUCGGCACAGCACUCGGUUACUCCUCCCCGGCGGGCAUCUUACUGACCAGCAACUCCACCGACAACUCCACUCUGCAGCUGAGCACCGUCGAAAACAGCUGGUUCUCCUCGUCAGUCAACCUCGGGGCACUCGUAGGAGGUCCCAUCGGCGGCCUCUGCAUCAACGCCAUCGGCCGGAGGGGAACCAUGCUCGCCCUCUUCCCGUUUUUCUUCGGGUCGUGGGUGAUCAUCGCUCUUGGUCAAAACUUCGCCAUGCUUUUGGUGGGUCGCAUCAUCGCUGGAUUGUGCACAGGGAUAGUGUGCAUUGCAGCUCCCACUUACAUCGGGGAAUUUGCCUCUGCUGAUAUCAGGGGAACGUUAGGCGCAGGAUUCCAGCUGAUGGCGGGGGUUGGCAUUCUCUACGCAUACAUCUUCGGUGCCUUUAUAGACAGCUGGCAAAUAUUGGCAGUUGUAUGCGCUGUCCCGACGAUCAUUUUCUGCGUGUUAAUGGUCUUUUCCAAGGAGUCCCCGAGUUACCUGCUUUCUAAAGGGAAGGAUAAGGAGGCCCAGGAGUCUAUGCGAUACUUCAGAGGAUCUGACUACAACAUCGAGCCGGAGAUGCAGAUGCUGAAACAGAGCCUCGAUGACUCCAAAGCAAACAAGGCUUCUUUCUCAGACCUCAAGCAAUCGUAUAUAUUGAAGCCUCUCCUUAUUUCCCUUGCACUGAUGUUAUUCCAGCAGCUUUCGGGCGUCAACGCUGUUCUCUUUAACUUGAAGGCUAUCUUUCAGGAGUCAGGGACAGACCUCUCCGAUGACGUCAGCUCCAUCAUCGUCGGCGUAGUUCAGAUUCUGGCCACUGUUGUCGCUAGUGUGCUUAUGGACAGAGCCGGCAGGAAAUUUCUUCUGCUCUCAUCUUCGGGAGCCAUGACAGUUGCUCUCGUGGGUCUUGGAGUCUUCUUCUACUUGAAAGACAAUGGUGACGUCAGCGCCCUAGGAUGGCUUCCUAUCACGUCAUUAAUGGUGUUCAUUGCGGCUUUCAGUUUCGGCUUCGGACCUAUCCCGUGGCUUAUGAUGAGCGAACUUUUCACACCCAACGUCCGUGAAGCUGCCAGUGGUCUAAGUACAAUGACAAACUGGGGAAUGUCUUUCAUUGUCACGUAUUUCUUCGAGAGUAUGCGGGAUGCGAUCCACGAAUACGGCGUGUACUGGCUCUUCGGUGGCAUCUGCGCCGUCAGCUUGGUCUUCUGUCUCCUGGUGGUGCCGGAGACGAAGGGAAAGACCCUGCAGGAGAUCACGGCGAUGUUUGGAGGUCCUACCACGUCCCCAACGCCCGCCAGAUCUUCAUCGUCUUCGUCAGCGUCCGAGAAACAGAGAUGGUAGACCUGAAGGACAUACUCGUCGCGGUUGGUUGAAGGAUCGACUGGUCACGGAUGGUUGGAGGAUCUGCUCGGGAUGGAUCGUUGGAGGAUCUUCGAGCCAUGAAUUACUCCAAGGAUCGGGAAAGAGAUCCUUGGGUUUCGAAGGCUAUCGCUGAGACGUGAGAUGGAAGGAUCCUUGAGAAGCGGAAGGCAUUGAGGUUUUCCCCCAAAUGGACUCAAAAGGACCAAAGGCAGUCGAUUGACUUUAAGAUUUCUUUUCUUUUUUAAUAGCAAAUGAAAUAAUUUACGAUACAAAAAGAAAGAAAGAAAGAAAAAAAACAACAUAAAACAGUAGGCUGCCUUUGGUAAAGAGAAGAGCAGAAUCCGCUCAGUGCAUGACAACCAUAUCAUGAAUAACCCAUGCUUUCCUGUUAAAGUCUGACUAGUACCAAUACUAGCUCUCAUUUUUUUAACAGAAACGAUAUAUCCAAAUGCAGCAGACCGAUGCGUUAUGUUUGAAAUGACUCUAGGUAAAUAUUGCAAUAUAAGGAACUAUGAUAUUAUUUGCAUAUAUCGCCAUGUUCAUUAUGCAUUUUAUACUACUGGCACUUUAAUCUUAAGCAUUUGUUCUACCAAAUACCACAUCACUACAUCCGUAUUAUAUCUUGCCUUAUUUAUGUAACUACCCCCCCCCCUUUUUUUCUUUAAUUGCCUACGUCCAUGCUGACGUUUCACUAGUUUAUUCACGAAUAUCUCGCCAUUUUAGAAGUAGUAUUUUGCAAUUGUAAAUAUAUGUUAAAUAGGAUAGCCGUUGUACUGAAAAGGUUAAGUUAUAUAAUAAUAAAUAUGUUGUUGA